UUUCACGAUCUGAUGAGAGUUUCUGCUAGCUCACCAGGCAGCGUUUGACAGAGCGUGUAUCCUCUAUCGUGAUAUAAGUGUCGGCAACAUCAUGAUCAGUCCCAGACACAGAGGUUUCCUGGUGGACUGGGACCAUUGUGUCAUCCUUGAAUCCAGGGCCGCGAGCAGGCGCGUAGGCAGAACGGGGAACCUGGCAAUUCAUGUCUGCGAACCUCCUCGCCUCUUAUGACACCUACACACGAUCGUGGACGACAGGGAAUCUGCGCUCUGGGUUCUCUUAUAUGUUGCGUUGAUGUACACCAACAAUGUCCUGGAACUCGGUCAGCUGUACGAAGCUAUGACACAACUCUUUGAUUCGUCUAUCCUUUGUUCCGCAGGUGAUACCGGAGGCAAACAGAAACGCUCGACACUGAAGUCAGCGGACCCGGUGGCUUCCUUUGCCAUCGAUGGUCUGAAUGGCUUAUUUGAAGUCUUUGCUAUUCGAUACCUGCUGGAACCUACUCCCCAGGAAGACGCAACGUAUCAGUCCUUCAGGGUAUCUCAUCCGGUCGUUGUAGAUCAGCUUCCAGCGGGACAAUAUCGGAUGAAAGAGGAAAAACUCAACAGUCCUACCUGGCUUUACUACACCUUGCGCGCUCAUGCUAAGAACAUGAAGGUGCCCAAAGAAGAAGGAAUUUGUGAUUGGUGCCGGAAUGCUUGCUACAGCCAGGACGUUCUAUUAGGAAGCUCCAGAAAGCGCGGGUCAACGAUGGACCGUCUUAACACAAAGAGGUGGAAGGGAAUGUGUGCUGAUAUGUGCAGUCUCCAGUAUAAAACGGUUGAGGAUGAAGUCGUUGAGAAAAAAGAUUCAGAAUGAAGGUAGGUAGGUGGUACGGCAGUCAAAUGAG